AUGGCCGUUUUCUCUACUCUCAACAACCGUUUCCCAUCCUUUUCAACGGCAUAUACAGCCAACAGGCCCGCCAUACAGCGCUCUCUCAACAUCGCAUUCGUCAUCUACGUUCUUUCGUCCACUUAUCGUAGUCUUUCAGCUCGUCCACCCUCGAAAUCAACCUCUUCCGAUCCCUCCAAACCCCCUCGCGUUGCCGUAGAUGCUCUUUUUUAUCAACGCCUCUCUACCAUCCUUCGCAUCGUGAUUCCAGGCAUUAGGUCCAAGGAAGCGUUAUUGUUAUUCAUGCACUCAAGUUUGCUCAUAUUUCGCACCGCAAUCUCCUUGUAUGUUGCUGCUCUGGAUGGAAAGAUUGUGGCCAGCCUUGUGCGCGCUCAACCUGUACAGUUCUUCUGGAAUAUCCUGCGGUGGCUUCUCGUCGCAAUUCCCGCAACUUGGACCAAUAGUUGGCUUAGUUACAUUCAGAACAAACUCGCCAUCGCAUACCGGACGAGAUUAACCCAAGAAGUUAUGAAGCACUAUCUUGGCGAGGAAGGAGAAGGUCCAGAUGGCAAAGUUUACUAUAAAUUGUCAAAUUUGGAUGAUAGAAUCAAAAAUCCAGACCAGAUGAUUACACACGACAUUCAACGAUUCUCCACUCAUCUCGCCGCCAUAUAUUCUAAUUUAGCCAAGCCUGUCUUAGACGUCAUUCUUUACAACUACCAACUGUCCCAGAACGUUGGAGCGGAAGGCCUCAUGGGCCUGACCUUUUUGGUGCAAUUGACUGCAAUCCUAUUGCGAUACCUUACGCCUUCUUUUGGGAUGUAUACGGCCUUAUCUGCUCAACUUUCAGGAUCUCUACGGCACACUCAUUCCCGUCUCGCCGAAUUUUCAGAGGAGAUCGCUUUCAUGGGUGGGGAGCAAACCGAGAAGAUGCUUAUUGAGAGGGAAUAUGCUAGCGUCGUUGAACACGAGAAUAAAGUCUUGAACCGAAGAUGGUGGUUCGGCUGUGUCGAAGAAGGUGUUAUCAAGUGGCUAUGGGGAAGCUUUGGGCUUGCCCUCUGUGCUAUUCCAAUAUUUUUCAAAAUCCCAGGGGUGGGACAAGUGGAUCUAGGAGGUCGCACGGAAGGUUUUGUUACCAAUAGGAGAUUGCUUCUCUCCUCAUCAGAUGCCUUUGGUCGUGUGAUGUACUCGUACAAGGACUUAUCAGAGCUUGCUGGUUACACGGCUCGAGUUUCUCUUCUCCUUGACACUAUGGCGGAUGUCCGAAAAGGAAAGUUCGAAAAGGCUCUUGUCAGCAGCGCAAGCACAGAGGAAAACGGCAAAAUACUCAGGGAGCGGGGAGAAAUCAUCCCCUCGGAGGAUAUUCAGUUUGAAAACGUUCCUAUCGUGACACCCAACGGCGACGUCCUCGUGAAAAGCCUGAGUUUUCAGGUCAAGCCAGGGCAACAUCUUCUUAUUGUUGGACCCAACGGUUGUGGGAAGUCGUCCCUCUUUCGGAUUUUGGGUGGCCUAUGGCCAGUGUAUGGCGGGAUUGUUCGUAAACCAGCAGCAUCUCAGUUCAUUUUAAUUCCUCAAAGACCUUACCUGUCGCUCGGAACACUUCGAGAUCAAGUUAUCUAUCCUCAUUCGAAGGCUGAUAUGGAAGCUCGUGGCGUCACUGAUAAUGAUCUCCUCCGUAUAUUGUCUGUCGUCCAAAUGGAAAGUGUUGUUGAAAGGGAAGGCGGAUGGGAAGCUGCUAGGGAAUGGCGGGAAGCUUUAAGUGGAGGCGACCAACAGAAAAUUGCUUGGGCGCGGCUGUUCUACCACAAUCCCAAGUAUGCCGUUUUAGACGAAGCAACAUCUCUGGUACCUAUCGAGAUUGAAGCGAUGAUGAUGGAGUACGCCACAAAAUUAGGCAUCACGCUCCUAACCGUUUCGCAUCGAUCUUCACUAUGGAAAUAUCAUGCCCUUAUUUUGCACUAUGACGGUCAAGGGGGUUAUGUAUUCACAAAGCUUGACGCCGAGAAACGGCUUGCUCUUCAAGAGGAAAAGCAGACACUGGAGGCCAAGCUGCUAGAAGUGUGA